AUUCCUAGUAAACCUUCAAAUCAGAUGGCUACCAUCAAUAUUCAGAGACUUCUCUCAUUCACUACUGUAACAAUAUUGUUUCUGCUCAUGCUUCUGUCAGCAAGUGUUUUGGCAAUCCGAACAGAUCCACAACCAUUACCAUCAAAUUCUGCAGCUUCAAGAAUGUCAAGGGUUGAUAUGGAGGUGCGGCAAGAUUUCCCCGAUCACAGGAUUGCGUCUCGUAUUCUCAUGAAGGGUCACGUAACGCCUUCUGGUCCGAGCCGCAGGGGCAAUUCCGCGCCCAGUUUCAGAAUCAGACAUCUUUUGACCGGAAGAACAGACACAAGUUCUCAGGAACCGGCUUCUGUCCCCAGUUCUAGAUAGCUAUUUUCCCCAUUAAGUGGUCAUAUGUUGAUCUCUUGUCCUAAACUUCCUGCAUGGUUGCCCUGGAUUUCCGCAAUCGAAUUGAACUUUCGAGUUUGUAUGCUUGUUAAUUUUAUUUUAUUUUAUUAUUUUUUCAAUUAAAGGAUUUGUUGAACU